GUUGGAAGUGUUGCUAGAGAGGCGCUUCAUCACUUAUGCUGUUGGCGCAUAGUUCAGAGGCGUUGCGCAUUACGUAAAUGGCGGAAGGAAUCGACCCGAACUGGGAUUCUCAGUUGAGACCCCAAUUAUUGCAGGUGGCCCAGCAGCUCCGCCCUCGCAGGCAUAACCUUGUUGCUAGACUCUACUGCCAACGCCUUAUUACUGAUGACGAAGAGGAGAAAUUCGUCAAGUCGACUACGACAGAGACGGAUUUGGCCUUAGACAUUCUAUGCGUUCUUCGCCGUCAAAAAGUCGGAUCAUUCGACAACUUUUGCAAAGUACUCCUAGAAGUUGAACAAAUUGACGUGGAAAAGCUUCUUCGUCCUUAUCGGACUGACAGCCUGGCAAAUGAUGAGGAAGUGCGUGUUUGCGACGUUGAACGGAAAGAACUGAUGAUAAGUCAACUGAAACAACAGAUUUCUGCUCAGCAAAUUGAGAUUGAGAGUUUGAAAGAAAAGUUGAAGCAAUCAGAUGAUGCACAUUGUAUUGACGUGGUGAUGCCCAGACAUGAGGAAACUAUGGAUGUUUUGUUGUCUGCUCUCUCUACUGCUAGAACUGCAGCUGAGAAAAUUCAGCAAUCUAAUGGUUGCACUGCCUGUCAGGCACCAGGAUGGGCAGCGGAUCAUGAACGUGUUGGUCAUAUCAUUGCUUCUAUCCAACGUGUCGGCUCUACCAGAUGGUACGCUCUUGGAAUAGCUUGUGGACAGAGCAGUGAUGAGAUUGAUCAAAUCCAGCAACUUGUCCAAGAUGCUGAUAAAAUAUUAAAGCUUUUUAACAUGAUGGCACGUAAGAUGGGAGAGAAAGAGGCUGCAGACAAGCUUCUGCAGGCAUGUAAGGUGAUUGUGCCUCCCACGUAUGAGGCUGUUGUGGAGGACAUGAUGGGAGAAAGCUAGCAAGUGAAUGCCAUCAGACAACUCAAUGAUUUCUAAAUUUCAAGAUGAUUCUUUGUAAUAUAGAACUUGGGUGUUGUAGUCCUUGUAUGUUCUGUUACUGCUACAAUUUUGCUAUAGCGUUAUCUCUACUGUAUGUCUAUAUUGGAUGUCUCCUCAAUAUAUACCACACAGAAUACAGUAGUCAG